AUGGUCGCAUUGGUUCCAAUAUUCCCAUCCAACACCCCAUCUCCAGCUGCAUCAUAUUCGCCAGCCAUGAAGGCUGGCGACACUAUUUAUUUGUCCGGUCAAAUCCAUUUGAACGAGGAUAACAAGCUUGUGGGUGGCUCCAUCGCUGAUAAGGCUGAACAAAUAUUCGAGAAUGUCCAAAAGGUCUUAGCUGCCGCUAACUCAGACCUUGACCAUGUGGUCAAAUGCAACGUCUUUUUAAAGGAUAUAAAAGACUUUGCUGAAUUUAACACCGUCUAUGCCAAGUAUUUCAAUUCGCACAAACCAGCCAGAUCUUGUGUCGCCGUUGCAGCUUUACCAUUAAACGCAGAUGUAGAAAUGGAAUGUAUUGCUGUCGAAAAGAAAUAG